CUGGUCAUAUUUUUACUUUCAUUUUGGAUCGAUCCACCGUUUCUCUUCGCCCCAGGCCGAACUCCGGCUCUACUUCAGGGGCGAUUUCUGUUCCUUGGUGAUCAGGGGACACCCCACACGGUUUUCCGUGACUCACCGUCUGCGAUAGGGUUUUCCUAUCGGUCUGGGGAAUUUCAUUCCCAAUCUGUGGUCUGUCCGGGCCAAUCUGGAGGCACCCCCUAAGGUGGCUCAUUUGGUGUGAGGCUAAUGCAUGAGAGUGAGGUGGCCGGCCUGUUUGUCCUGUGUGUUGUGGCUGUUGUGAUCGGUUAUUUGUUGUGUCGCGCGUACGCUAACCACUCUUUGUCUUCAGAACACCAUGGGACAAACGACAUCGUCCCCAUUGUCCCUCACCCUCGACCAUUGGUCAGAGGUUCGAGAGAGGGCUCACAAUCUCUCCUUACAGGUUAAAAAAGGUAAAUGGCAGACUUUCUGCUCGUCUGAGUGGCCCACAUUCUCCGUGGGUUGGCCACUGGAGGGGACUUUCCACCUUCCCCUCAUCUUAGCAGUUAAGAACAUCAUCUUCCACCCCGGACGAGAGGGCCACCCCGACCAGGUCACUUACAUCUUGGUAUGGCAGGACCUCAGGGAGGAGCCCCCACCGUGGGUAAAACCCUUCCUUCCUCCGCCCGACUCCUCCAUACCCAAACUCUUGGCUCUGAAAGGGCCCCCUGCACCGGUCCUGCCCGACUCCCAACCUGACCUCCCUCUGCUUGAUUGUGAUCACCCUCCUCCUCGACCUGCCUGGCCUCCUCCUUAUGCACUUCCACCACCCGUCUCCCCGCCGGAGUCGGAGGCCUCCCUUCCCUCAGCUCCAACUCUCUCUCUGUACUCCCCACACCCCUCUGCGGCCUGCUCCGAGGCCAGUCCCCCUGGGCCUGAGGGCCCAGCCCGGAACACCCACAGUAGACAGCGGCCGGAGGACCCGGUCGUCACUCUCCCUCUCUGUCCCUAUGGGCCCACUAUAAGUGAUGGGACAGCGGAGGGAGAAAUGCCGGCCCUUCAGUACUGGCCAUUCUCAUCCUCAGACUUAUACAACUGGAAAAAUAAUAACCCCUCUUUCUCUGAUGACCCCUCUAAGUUAACAGGCCUAAUGGACUCGCUUAUGUUCUCUCACCAACCCACAUGGGAUGACUGCCAACAACUAUUGAGGGUCCUGUUCACCACCAAGGAAAAAGAUCGAAUCCUUCUCCAGGCCCGAAAAAAUGUUCCAGGAGAUGAUGGCAGACCCACCCAGAGACCUGAUCAAAUUGACGAUCUUUUCCCGCUGAAACGCCCCAACUGGGACCCCAAUUCUCCUGACGGACAGCCAACCUCUGUUUGCGUUUGAAUGGACAGACCCAGACUCCAAAAUAAAUGGACAGUUGACGUGGACGCGCCUCCCCCAGGGAUUCAAGAACAGCCCAACUAUCUUUGAUGAGGCUCUCCACAAAGAUCUAGCUCCAUUCCGGGCUCAACACCCGGACCUCACUCUACUUCAAUAUGUGGAUGACUUGCUGCCGGCAGCAGAUUCAGAGAAGGACUGCAACAACGGGACCCAAGAUCUCCUACGUGAGUUGGCCGCUCUGGGGUACAGAGCAUCGGCAAAAAAGGCUCAGAUCUGCAAACGAGAGGUAAUCUUCCUGGGUUACACCCUAAGGGAAGGAAAAAGAUGGCUCGCUGAGGCUAGAAAACAGACUGUGGUCCAGAUUCCUCCCCCCAAAAGCCAAAAACAGCUUCGAGAAUUUCUGGGUACGGCGGGGUUUUGCCGGCUGUGGAUCCCAGGAUUCGCAUCCUUGGCAGCUCCCCUUUACCCAUUGCUUAAGGGAGGAUCACCCUUUGUCUGGGGAAAGGAUCACCAACAGGCCUUCGAUGCCAUCAAGCGAGCCCUCCUAUCUGCCCCGGCCCUAGCUCUACCUGAUAACUCAGACCUUUGGGCCAUGGAAACGGCCGGUGGCUUACCUCUCAAAGAGACUAGAUACUAUGGCAAAUGGAUGGCCACCAUGCCUAAAGGCUAUUGCAGCAGCAGCCCUGCUCACUAAGGACGCUGACAAACUGACUUUGGGACAAAAAUUAACAAUUAUUGCCCCACACACGCUAGAAAGUGUCAUCCGCCAACCUCCCGAUAGGUGGCUCUCAAACGCCCGGAUUACACAUUACCAAAGCCUCUUACUCAAUAAAGACAAAAUAACCUUUGGGCCCCUGGUGACCCUCAAUCCGGCAACCCUACUACCAGAAGAAACCCCAGAACCAAUUCUUCACACUUGCCAAGAUAUCCUGGCAGAGGAAACCGGGGCGCGAUCAGACCUGUUGGACUACCCCUUACCCGAUGCUGAGGUGACCUACUUCACUGACGGGAGUAGCUUCUUGGUCCAAGCUGGCUCCAGGCAAAAGAUUGUGUGGUUCCAGACCUGGACAAUACUGGGAAGUAGACUUUACUGAAAUUAAACCUGCCCGGUAUGGACUAAAAUAUCUGUUAGUCUUUGUGGACACCUUUUCUGGAUGGAUUGAGGCCUUUCCUACCAAAAAGGAAACUGCUGCCGUAGUCGCAAAGAAGUUGAUGGAAGAAAUUUUUCCCCAGUUCGGAUUACCAAAGGUAAUAGGGUCUGAUAAUGGGCCAGCGUUUGUGGCUAAGGUAAGUCAGGGAUUGGCCAACAUAUUGGGGAUUGAUUGGAAAUUACAUUGUGCUUAUAGACCCCAAAGUUCAGGACAGGUAGAGAGGAUGAAUAGAACUAUUAAGGAGACCCUCACUAAAUUAGCUCAUGAGACUGGCUUAAAAGAUUGGACGAUGCUCCUGCCUUAUGCUCUUUUUCGUGCACGGAACACUCUGUCAGCCAAACCCCCUAACCUCACUCCCUUUGAGAUCCUCUUUGGCACUCCACCCCCCAUUCGGGAUCUCACUCCCUUGACUGAACAUUCCACCCUGUUACCAACCUCCUUGUCUGACAGGCUCAUCGCCCUUGACUGCCUACAAAAGGAUUUGUGGACCCAGCUAGCCUCAGCCUACACUCCCAGCGAAUCUCCCAUACCGCAUCCAUACCAAGUGGGAGACUUUGUGCUCGUCCGGUGUCAUCAACAAGAGACCCUACAACCUCGCUGGAAAGGAGCAUACCAGAUCCUACUGACCACUCCCACAGCGGUAAAGGUCGACGGCAUCACCUCUAGGAUCCAUGCGUCACAUCUGAAACCAGCUUCGGCGCCAGAGGACAAUCACUGGGAACUUAAACGGUCUGAUAACCCCCUAAAGCUAAAGCUGUGCCGAAAGACCCCCUAAAACUGUUCCAUACACCUCCCUUGUGUGCUCCUACAAGAUGACCCCCUGCCCAUACAAGACCUUUAAGAUUAAAGGUUAUUCACAAGAAAAGGGGGGAAUGAAAGAGUUAACUUUACAGCUGCCACCCCCCCCCCCCGAGCUAUCUGUACAAAACAAGAAGGGACUUUCCGUUGGUAAAAACAAAAACAAAAACAAAAAAAAGAUAAACCACUGUUCCGGGAACACAGUGACUGGGCUAUGACCCCCAGACACUAAAGUUACCCAACCCUGAGCCCCUCCAAUCAGCUCCUGCCAAACCCUGCGCCGUUCAAAACUAACCAAUGCGAUCUGCUUCUAUAACAUCGCCUGCUUUGCGGUUUAUGCCUUUAAAAACCCUGUGUAACUUCCCUUCGGGGUCCUCCGCACUCGUUUGCUGGACGGACCCCAUGCUCAUGGAAAUAAAGCUUUCACCCUUAAAGACGUGAGUCCUUGGGGUCUUCUUCCCUGCGACGCCGACCUUACAAUGUAAUCAAUUUUACCUAAACUAUUGAUCUUAUUGGCUAACUAUAGUUAUUUCCCACCUUAUG